AUGUCUCCCACUAGUAUUCCAGAUGUUCCAAGCACUGCGACCGCGACGCAGGGCACUCCUCUUCACAAGCCUUCUUCCUUCCAGCAUCCACUUGAUCCUUUGACACCAGAUGAGAUCGCCGAAAUCUCCCUGGUCAUUCGACACUAUAUUGCUGCCGAAACUAAAGUCAAAGCAAUCAAGUUCAUUACUUGCUACCUUCUGCCUCCUCCCAAGAGAGCUGUUCUCUCGUCCCUUGGAAUCCCGCUCACUCCGGGAGGCAAGCCGGAACCAGCGUCUACAAUCGUGAGGAAAGCUGAAGUUGACAUUCUUGACGUGGUCAACGGAGGGGCGUACAAUGUUAUAGCGGCAUUGAAGGGCGACAAAUGGCAGGUGGAAACGUUUGAACCACUUCCAGAGGGUUCGCAACCCCAGAUAUCCCCAGAGGAGCUUAUCGAGGCCGAAGUGAUCGUUAGAGAAAACAAGCGAGUACAGGAACUCGCGAAAGCUGUCGGCGUUGAACCGCAUCAGAUCUGCUGCGAUGGUUGGGCUAUUGGAUAUGAUGAAAGGUUUCCGCACAGUAGUCGUGUUCAACAAGGCCUCGUUUUCGCGAGGUUCUCGCGACACGAUAAUCUCUACGCUCACCCACUGGAUUUCAUUCCAGUCAUUGAUACCAAUACCCGAGAGUUACUGCAUAUCGACUUCCCGCCUCACUACUCUCCUUCUCCCAAUGGUCCGGUGUUGUCGGUGAAAUCCACCGUACCUCUUCCUCUUGAGGAAGACACGCUAGAAUCGUGCAAGAGGGAGAGAAUUCCUCCUCCUCGCAAGGCUUUUGAUUUCCUUCCGGAUCUUAUGGCCGAGACGGAGGAAGGGGGAUUCAAACCGAGGGAGGGAUUGAAACCUUUACAUAUCGUGCAGCCUGAAGGUGUGAGCUUCAAGGUAACCGGGCACGAACUGGAGUGGCAGAAUUGGAAGAUGCAUGUUGCUUUCAGUCAUCGUGAAGGCGUGGUGCUUUCUACGAUUACCUAUAAUGAUAAUGGGGAAGUCCGGCCUCUCAUUUACCGCCUCUCUUUGGCCGAAAUGGUAGUCCCUUACGGUGCAACGGAACAUCCACACCCGAGAAAAUUCGCGUUUGACACGGGUGAGUACGGAAUGGGCACCAUGGCUAACGAGUUAUCCUUGGGGUGUGAUUGCGUCGGUAGCAUCCACUACUUGCCGGGUGCUUAUAUCGGACAUAAUGGAAAGGCAAUUAUAAUCAAGAACGUUAUCUGUAUCCAUGAAGAGGACAACGGCGUUCUCUGGAAACACACCGAUUAUCGUCCAGGCGGUCGUGGCCACACCGCGCGCAGAAGACGUCUUGUCGUCAGUAUGGUUUGUACUCUAGCCAACUACGAGUACAUUUGGAACUAUCACUUCUAUCAAGACGGAAGUAUUGAGGCCGAAGUUCGCCUAACCGGAAUCUUGCAAACAUAUGUCUCCAAACAAGACGAACCCAGUCCAUUCGGUACUACCGUCGCACCAGGCGUGAACGCUCAUUACCACCAACACAUCUUUUCCUACCGCAUCGACCCGAUGAUCGACGGUCUCUACAACUCCAUCGUGGAAAGUGACGUUCUCCCCCUCCCAGAACCGACGGGCUCCUCUUCCAAUUACGCCGGAAACGGAUUCACCAUUCAUGAGACCACUUUGGAAGCCGAAACCGGCCGUAAUUACGAUUGGGAGAAAGAGAGGAGAUGGAGAAUCGUCAAUCCUGCAAGGAAACAUUAUUCGACUGGGAAAGCUGUUGGGUAUGGGAUUGGGAUGAAGGGUGGUAUUACGCCGUCGAUGGCUAAGGAUGAUAGUUGGAUUAUGAAACGAGCUGGGUUCCUCAAGUAUCCGUUUUGGGUUGUUAAGGAUGUGGAGGAGUACAAGGGAGGGAGGAUGUGGCCUUCGGGAAAGUAUAUGCCUCAAACGAGAGAUACGCCUGAUGAUUCGCUGCCGAGAUGGGUGGCGGGGAGGAAAUCGGUGAAGGAAGAGGAUUUGUUGGUGUAUCUUACGAUCGGCACAACCCAUAUUCCCAGACCGGAAGAUUGGCCUGUAAUGCCCGUGGAACACCUGAAUAUUACACUCAAACCUCAAUCGUUCUUCGUUAAGAACCCAAGUAUGGAUGUUCCAAGCCAUCAGGAUCUGCGUAGUGUUCCUGCUUUCGGCGGUCAGAAUACCAAUACCGGUACCGCCAGCAAUGGGUCUAGCACGAACGGAUCAUCUUGCCAUUGA